AUGGAAAAAGUGGGUCAUGAUGGGGUUGUUCGGAGUGCAGUGCUGUUUGAACGCACUGAAUGGGAUGAUUGCAUGUUGGGGCUGAAUGGGAUGAUUGCAUGUUUGCUGCUCUUGGAUGUAUCGCUCUGGCAACAAGAAGGACUUUAUCAGAGAGGGUUUUCGAGGAAAAAGGGAGAGGGGAGCAAAUGGCUGAGGAACAUCAGAGGGAAAGGAUUGCAUGGAAGCGGAAAGAGGCUUUUCGCUUUCAUGGCUAAUGGAGAUGUGCAGCAGCCAUUCCGUCAUCCUCUCAUCGUUGCCGUAUUCUCUAUCCGGCGCGGUGAUAGCAAUUACAUAAUGCCAGCUGUAAACGAUAUUUUCACGGUAAAUAUAAAACUACCACUGACCGAUGAUGAGGCCACUAAGGAAGGAGCACUGCUUAUCUUGAAGGAAAUCAAACCAUCAUGGGAAAGCGACCUAAUUUCAUUCAAAGCUUUCACAGUUGGAAUAACGAAUAAAAUCCUGUGUGCAACAUAUACUUCAGAAAAUGGUACCAUGCACAAAGAGCGACUAUUAUUCCGAAUUUAUGGAAAUAAUACGGAUAAAAUCAUCGACAGGGAUAAAGAACUCAACAACUGGCUAUAUUUGGCUUCACAUGGAUGUGCUGCUCAAUUAUAUGCAAGAUUUACCGGCGGGGUUGUAAGCGGCUUUCUUCCUGGAAAUACGCUCACUGUUGACAACUUGCGUGAUGAGACUAUUGUUACGAAUACUUGUAAAUCACUUUCAAGAUUGCACAAAUUAAGACCAAACACCGGUGAUAUAACAAAGCCAACAUUAUUUAUCAAAAUCGAACAGUUUUUGGCAAAUUUCUCCGAUCAUUAUGAGAAUAAGCAAAAGCAGGAGAAAUACGAUGAAUUCUUCAAACAAGGAGAGAUUUUCUUCUUGCACGACUUGCACCGUCUAAAAGACAUUAUUCAACGACGACAAUCAAAAGUCGUUUUCUGCCACAACGAUCUGCUGAUCCAUAACAUAAUUUAUGAUGACAAAACAGACUCAAUAAGUUUUAUUGAUUAUGAGUAUGCUGAUUACAACUAUCAAGAUUUCGACAUAGCUAAUCACUUUUGCGAAUAUGCUGGUGUAGAGGAUUUCAAUUAUUCUCGAUGCCCUGAUAAGAAAUAUAAACGUGAAUGGAUAACGAAAUACUUGACGUAUUAUUUAGAAAGGAAACCUGAAAAGAAUGAAAUUGACAAUCUCCUAGAUGGAAACAAUGCUUUCGAAGCGGCUGCUCAUUUCUUUUGGGCUCUUUGGGCCUUGGUACAAUCUCAAAUCUCAACCAUUGAUUUUGACUAUUUAGAUUCGGAAAUUGGAGGUUAUGAUGUAUCCAACGGAGUAACUUUCGAAUAA